CUGGGUCGCCUAUGCCCACUACCUAUCCCUGAACAGCUCUAUUCCUGUUAGCUAGUUGUCCCACUUGCGUCGUAAAAUACAUUUUCAUCGAUACGUGAUGAGCCUACAGGAGGUCACAGAAUUAUAGAGACAAAAAUUGGUAACAUCUUUGAGAUAUCGAAUUGUUCGAUUUUCAAUGCACCGAUUAAAAAUAGCUUCUUACGCUUCUAAACGCUGAAUUACAGAAAUACUUCUCAAGAGGUCGAAAUAAAUUUUAUACAGUAUUAUCGAUGAUACGAUAGCCUAAAGAUACAAAUUUCGAACGUCUCGGAGUUGACCGGGCAAGUUUGUACCAAUAGCUCCGAAACACCCUGUACACUAUUCGAGAGUAGGGCAGCUUCUCCCUAGGGAGAGUCGAAUCGUAUAUAUGCCUCUUCCCACAAUUUCUGCAUUAAAAAUAAAUUCCCCCGGCUACUCCCGUAACUCCGUGUCGGUUGCAAUUUUCGAACUCGGCAACAAGAAAGUCUAAAGAAUGUCAAUGGAUCCUCGCCCUUGAAAGACUUUUUAUUCCCGAUUGGCAACAAAAAUGCGUCUCGAUGCUGUCGACGAUUCUUUAUCAGCGUUUAUAUCGUAAAUACAAGAUGGCGGUGCUUAAAAGUUAAAAUUUUUCUCUCAUGGUUCGGGGAAUUAAAAAAAGAAAUAGUAAAAGUCAACAUUGAUCUUGUCUGUUAGUUAAAAAAUUAAUUCGAGUACGGCAUUUCAUUAUUUCGAAAGCUUCUACACCCCCCCUCUCCACCCGUAGUUUUCGAAAAUCGUCUCGCGACAAACUCAUUAAUGAGUGGUGUUUGAUAUUUGAAAUGUCGCUAUUUUUGGUUCUGUGCAUUUUUUGGGGGGGAGGGUGGCGUUGGAGGGAUGCGAUAUGUCAGCGUUUGUAUCGUAAAUACAAGAUGACGGAGCUUAAAAGUUAAACUUUCUCUCAUGGUUCCAGGAAUUAAAAUUAAAAAUAGUAAAAGUCAAUAUUGACCUUGUCUGUUAGUUAAAAAAUUAAUUCGAGAGGAGUACGACAUUUCAUUAUUUCGAAAGCUUUUACCCCCCACCCCCCGGUAGUUUUUGAAAAUCGUCUAACGCUAAACUAGUUAAUGGGUGGUCUUUGAUAUUUCUCUGGGAAAGAUCGCCGCGAAAUGUCGAUAUUUUCGGUUCUGCGCGUUUUUUUUUUUGGGAGGGUGGCGUUGGAGGGAUGCGUCGGAGUCGCGGUUGAAAUAUUAAAUCGAGCGAACUGCGGCGCGUCUCGGUCGACCCACGGCCUCGGUUUGGUCGGCUCGGUGUAUCCCGUCCGUUCGAUUUCCUGGUGGCGUGCAGCGAAGAUCGCGUAUCCCACGCGGGGGUAUGCGCGACGCCCACCACGCAUAAAUCAAUAGGGCGUCGCGCGAGCGUCGUCGAAGCGUCCGUCGUCUCGCGACGUCGUCUCCCCCCUCUUGAAACGGCAGCGACAUCUUUCUCCGUUGCGUUCUCCUGGGGGUCGACGAGCAGCAAUCCUCCAGGCCGUCACGGCCGCCUUCAGGACCGAUCGACCCCGUGGCCCGUGUUUCCCACCGACUGCUCGCAAUGGCCGACACCGAGUUCGAGGAGUUUCGCCAGUACUUCGACAGGCUUCCCCAACACCUCAAGGCGCCUCUUUCCAAUUACACACUCGUUCACGAUGUGAUGCUAGACGAUUCGCCGACCUCGUCGCAGGGCAGCGACGCGGAGGUUGGCAGACCUUGCAACGGAGUCGCUGGCGAUUCCGAGGACGAGGACGUGGUGGUCAUUCAUCGGCAUAAUAACCAGAGCGGGCACAGUUCCGGAGACGACAGCGAGGAUCUAGAUCACAACUGCUCGAUUGUCGCUGACAGCGACUUUAGGUUGGUAACAUCCUUGUUCGGUGGACUGAGCAGCAGGGAUCGAUCGGCAGGCGUCGGUGGACCGGGUCCAGGUGGAGGCACCACUUCCGGCCGCGGUAAUGGCGACAGACACAGCGACGUGGGCAACUCCUGCUCGAGCUUGAACUCCUGGCCGACGCCCGAGCACGUGUCCUCGAAUCGUCCAGGGAGCGGCGAACGCAGACGUCGGAGACUACCGGAGAUCCCCAAAACGAAAAAAUGUCUGCCUAUCGGUCAGAUGUCCCUGCAAUCCUCGUCGUCCCUAGCAGACGAACUGAACGCAGCCAACGGUUCCAGCCUCACCCGGCCCCAUUUGGUGUUACGAAAAUGCCAUUCGAGGCUUCGCCACGAGGACAGUUCGCCCGACAGCGAACGAUUGGCUACCGACAGUGGCCACUCCACCGCCCACUCGCCGGAAAACGGGCCGAAAAGCGUGUCCCCGAUACCCUGCAAUACCCUACAGAACACGGACUCUGCUUCUCCUAGCAGUACACCAGGGAGCGGAGGUGUCCCGUUCACUCAGCUGGAACUGCUCGAGGCGACCCAUCGAGGAUUGCACAAAUUUGUGCCGAGACACCACGACGAGAUCGAUCUUGAAAUCGGCGAUCCUAUUUACGUUCAGAAGGAGGCCGACGAUCUGUGGUGCGAAGGCGUGAACUUGAGAACCGGUCGUCAAGGUAUCUUCCCUUCGGCUUACGCGGUCGACAUGGACUACAGUGAUUUCGACCCAACGGCGUCGAAAGUGAAAUGGGAGCGAUACCUCCUGGGUUACCUGGGAUCCGUGGAGACCUUGGCGCACAAAGGUACCAGCGUGGUUUGUCAAGCAGUUCGGAGAAUCGUUGGUAACUCCCAGAAGUCGCCUAUCUCGCAGAGUUGCAUCCUGGAAGUAUCUGAUCAAGGUCUUCGAAUGGUCGACAAGAGUAAACCGCGGAAAAGCCAAGGACCCUGCCACGAUUAUUUCUAUUCGCUUAAGAACGUUUCCUUCUGCGCGUUUCAUCCCCGCGAUCAUCGCUACCUCGGCUUCAUCACGAAGCACCCUACCUUGCAAAGGUUCGCUUGCCACGUGUUCAUUGGUCAAGAAUCCACGAGGCCCGUUGCCGAAGCCGUCGGGCGUGCUUUCCACCGGUUCUACACGAAGUUCAUGGAGACUGCUUUCCCGAUAGAGGAUAUCUAUAUCGAAUAGAUUAUACUGCUGGCCUGUCGUAUAGCGGCUAUGGAGGAAAAGAUUAAUCUCACGAUCCUUUGUCCCUUGUAUAUACUGACCUUAGAUGUAGAUAUAAAAUGACAGACGCGAAUCAAAGACCCAAUUCUAUACAUAUACAUAUAUGUACAUAUAUACAUGCAUAUACAUAUAUGUAUAUCUAUAUAAAUAUAUAUGUAUACCUUAUACAUAUAUAUGUAUACAAGAUGUGUAUGUAUACAAAUGCACAAGGUGGUCGGAAAAUCAUAAAUUCGUCGGGGCAAAUUUGUCCGGUCCAAAGGUAUUUUUUUCAAAAUCGUUGCCAUUUUUUAACAUAUCAGCGUGUAUUUUUCGUAACACAGCAUCGAAGCACACGUCGAAGCAGAUUCAACGACCACACUUAAUGACUCUCAAACAAACCUCGAACGAAGUAAUCUUACCAGUAUAAACGCAAUUGAAAAAUUCUACAUGUCUAGUUUACUAUAAGAAAUAAAUUUAUAGUUUUAAUUAAUAGUUUUAUAUCCUGUAUAUCCCGAAAAUGUCUUGAAGCCGACGGACAUCAUUUUGGAAAAAUGUAUAAUUUUUCAGUUGCCUCUUUCGAAGGUCAUUGGUACGGUCGUUGAAUUUCCCUCGAUGUGCACCAUGAUGUUGCAUUAUAAAAAAUAUAUAAUGUGCAGAAAUAUGGCGGCGAGCUUUGGGAUUCGAAAAAAACUGACGAAAGAAAAUAAAUCAAAUAAAUUUGUCCCGACGUAUUUUUUCGUAUCGGAUAAAAAUAACGAAGAUAUUAGGAUGUUCGGGAUAAAAGAUACGCCCUGUAUACAUAUACAUACUUGAUAUGUAUGUUCCCGGCAACUCUGGAAAGCGUCACGACGGGACCGAUUCAGCGCCAUUUUUCUUUCGACGAUUACUAUUUACUUUUCGAUUGAAUCGUUUGCGUUGAUACAUCCUCCCCAUCCCCUUUCUUCUUCAUCUGAUGUUAAGCACGAUCCAUCGUAUAUAAUCCUGCAAAUAAUUUUGCUUUUUGUUACAAUGAGACGUGAGUUGAACAUACCGGGUGGAAAAGAUCUUUAAUAUUCGAAUAACGUACGCUAAUUACUACCGAUAAGAACUAAAUAGUUAACCUUUCGAUCCUUCGACCAAGAUAUCCGUAUAGCGACACGUAGAAAAACAAACGACAAUAGUGUGGAUCGUUCCGAUGAUUAAAAGCGGCAAUGUUUCGUUUGCUUCUUCGUGUCAACGGUUUUGAUCAUUUCUCUAUUCUUUCUCCGUGUUACGUUUCAUCGGUGGCAACGAAACGAGAAACAAACAAACGGAUCGUUACGAAACGAUCUCUAGACGCGAGCCAAAAAAAAAAUAUUUUAUUGUACUUGUAUUAGAGACUUGUAUAUUUUUCUAUCUUUCUUUGCGAACGAAUCGUUAAUUAUAGAUUACGUUUUAAACGAUAAGGCUUUGACGUUCACGAUGAUCUUUGAUUCCGCGAGUCCUUCGUUCACGUCGGUAUACGACUAUUAUAAUCGAAACGCACAUUGGCCUCUGUAUUUAAAUUGUAUCGACUGUAUCGGCGUUGCAGCGUUUCGCGAACAUUCAGACGGUACGAAUCAAAUCGCACGCACCGAACAAUGAAUAAAAUAUUAUCGAUAUCUAUAGGAGAAUCGCGAUUAUUAAUUUGUACCAAUAAUUAUAUGAUUUUGAUCGGUGGAUCUCAUGACAGUCUCGUACGUAGAUGCUAAUACCGUUCGAUGGAUCCGUCGUCAAGAACGAA